AUGAAUGCAAUUAAAAGCUUUAUGUCCUCUUCUCCAAUUGUGCCUGAACCUAUUCAACAAAAUGAAACAACAGAUUCUGUAGAAGAAAGUAUUGUUGAAAAUGAUCAAGAAAAUUCUGAAGAAACUGAAGAGCCUUCGCCUACAAUUCAAAAGGCCCCAAUCACUCCUGCUACUGUCGUGACCAGUCCUAUAAUUGACGCUACGCUCAAUCCUGAGACUUCAGUCGAGGCACCUCCCAAUCCAGAGACUCCCGUGACAAGUCCUAUAAUUGACGCUCCGCCCAUUCCUGUGACAAGCCCUAUAAUCGAAGCUCCGCCCACUCCCAUGACAAGUCCAAUAAUCGAAGCUCCGCUCACUCCUGAGCCUCCAGUGACAACACCUGAAGAAAACCAAAUUGAAUCUAAUGACAAAACUCCUUUAGAUGGGAAAAUAACUCCCCUUACAUAUGUAGAGGAGCCUGAUGAAAAGCCAUCAUUAACUGAUGAUCAAAAAGUUUUAAUGGAAAUGGCCGUUCGUGCAGCGACAAGAGCAUGGAGAAAUAGUGUCGAGUUGGCAGAGCAAGCACAAAUAAAUAUGGAACUUGGAGCAAAAUAUUGGCAGAAUGCGCGCUUUAAGUAUGCGUUAAAAGAUAGUGUGAUAACAUUAAAAGAAACGGGCGAAACUGUACACUUAAGAAAAACACCUAAAAAUAUACUUGAAUGGAAUAUGGAAAAAGAGCUUCGGAAGCACAACUAG